AUGAAAAAAGGGUUUCUUGAUAAGGUGGAAGAUAAUGCGGCUGUCCAAACUUGGUCUGAGACAACACAGCAGGAGAAAGGUGAUAGUUUGGCCGAAGGAUAUGUGUCAGAGUUGUGGGACUUCACUCGUGUUAGUGUGGCUCAGAAUAACCUACAGGAACUAAAGGAAAUUUGGGACCGGUGGAAUGAUGAGAUUAAGCAGCUCUUCUUUUCUAGCUAUGGAGACCUACCUUACUUGCUCGACGUAAAGGUGGAUAAGCACCUGUUCCGUGCCUUAGCCCAAUUUUGGAACCCUGCUUAUAGCUGUUUCACCUUUGAAAGUGUUGAUUUAGUGCCUACAGUGGAGGAAUAUACGGCAUUGCUUCGUUGUUCGAAGAUCCAAAUAGAUAAAGCCUACUCGAGAGCUGCUAAUGCUCUAGCCUUUUCGAAGAAACUAAUGAAUAUUACGGGGAUGAGUGAGCAAUGGGUCGCAGCACGAAUCAAACAGAAGGGAGAUAGUAAAUGCAUUCCUUGGAGGAACCUAAAAGAUUUAAUUCUUGCACACCCGGAUAUGAGGAAGAAGGUUGAUGUCUUUGCCUUGGGUAUUUACGGCUUAGUUGUCUUUCCUAAAGCCUUGGGACAUAUAGAUGAAGCAGUCAUUAACCUUUUUGACCGUUUUGACAAGGGGGUUACACCGGUUCCAGUAAUUUUAGCAAAAACCUUCAGAUCUCUGAAUGAAUGUCGAAGAGUAGGUGAGGGUAGAUUCAUUGGAUGCACGCAGCUUCUUUUAGCAUGGUUUCACAGUCACUUUUGGAAGGUGGAUAAGGUUUCUUAUCGGGUUUUUUCUGAAAAUUAUUCGCUCUUGAAGGAAAUAGUGGCAUUACCGAGGCAGGAUGAUAUCUCAGAGGAAAAAUGGAUGGCAACUUUUCAGAAUCUUCAAGAAGGGGAUAUUGAGUGGAGAGCUCCUUGGAUGCUGUCGAAUGAGAUCUUAUAUAGGUGUGGAGAUUUUGAUUGGGUUCCCCUACUUGGUAUUUGGGAAGCUAUUGGUUAUGCACCGUUACUAGCAUUGAGGCAGUAUAGAUCGAGGCAGUUCGUACCUACAACCCAAGGAUUAGCUCAAAGUGAAUUCUCGUAUAAGUGUGAUGGCUACAAGAAGAGGGUACGAGAAAUGACUAAUGCUUGGAGGCAGACUCGUCGAUUGAAGAGAUUGGCAGUAGGUCCAUUAGUGACUCCUGAAUAUAUCAGUUGGAUAGGUAGGAGGGUCAAUGACAACAUACCUAUACCAGGUCGAGGAGACAGUCAACUUGUAGGAAAGCAUGUACAUAUGGUCCCUUCUGAGCUAGAAAUCAUGAAACAAGAUUUUGAAAGAAGAAAUUCUGAGCUUGAGAAGAGGAUAGGGCAAAUGGAAGAGGAAAAGAUGAGUCUGAAGCUGGAUGUGGAUGUUCAGAGGCUGGAAACAAAAGGCCUGAGGAAAGAAAAAUGCAAAGCUGAGGAGGAUUUGAAUAGCUUGAAGACGGAUUAUAAGAGGCUACGUAUGUCAAUGAAAACUGCUGGAUUGGAAAAAACCUCAGAGCAGUGGCGUCAAGAAGUUCAAGAAGAAAAGGUUAAGGCUGAUAGGUGGGAAAACAGAUUUCAAGAGGCUCAAAAGUAA